GCGGGGCCACGGGCUUCUUCCCAGCCCGGCUCUGCAGUUCUCAGUUUAGGUAAGCACUUGCAAAGCAGACCAGAAAUCACCACACUUAGCAGCAGAUCUCAAAUGGUUGUUUGAUACAGAAAGGCUUUGCCGGUCUGCCUAGGUCACCUCCCUCGGAACUGCGAGCCUGAACGCGACUGAACGUCAGAGCCAGCCCUCAGCCCCUGCAACAGUCGGAAGGUUCCAGCCGCGGGAGUCCUGGAGGCGGCGGCGGCGGCCCAGGAAGCAGCAGCAGCAGCAGCAGCACCAGGGAGGAAUAUUCUCCUAAGGAUGGUCUCCCACUCAGAGCUGAGGAAAGUCUUCUGCUCGGCGGAUGCAGUCUGCUUUGAUGUCGACAGCACGGUCAUCAGAGAAGAAGGCAUCGAUGAGCUGGCCAAGAUCUGUGGAGUUGAGGACGCUGUGUCAGAAAUGACAAAGCGAGCCAUGGGUGGGGCGGUGCCUUUCAAGGCUGCCCUCACAGAGCGCCUAGCGCUGAUCCAGCCCUCCAGGGAACAGGUACAGAGGCUCAUCACAGAGCACCCUCCACACCUGACACCUGGCAUAAGGGAACUAGUAAGUCACCUACAAGAGAGAAAUGUUCAGGUUUUCCUAAUAUCUGGUGGCUUUCGGAGCAUUGUAGAACAUGUCGCUUCAAAACUUAAUAUCCCAUUGACCAAUGUAUUUGCCAAUAGGCUGAAAUUCUACUUUAAUGGUGAAUAUGCAGGUUUUGAUGAGAUGCAGCCAACAGCUGAAUCUGGUGGGAAAGGCAAAGUUAUUAAACUUUUAAAGGAAAAGUUUCAUUUUAAGAAAAUAAUCAUGAUUGGAGAUGGAGCCACAGACAUGGAAGCCUGUCCCCCUGCCGAUGCUUUCAUUGGAUUUGGAGGAAAUGUGAUCAGACAACAAGUAAAGGACAACGCAGAAUGGUACAUCACUGAUUUUGUAGAGCUUUUGGGAGAACUGGAAGAAUAAUCAAUUUUUAUAUAGUUCACAACUUUGUAUUUUUAAAAGUUAUGCAGUUUUGUACCGUUUGCUUAAAAUUGCCUAUUACAACUUAAUGGAUAAAUUUGGUACCGAUUAUCUGUACUUCCAAAUAAACUAUGAUUAGGGCUUUUAGAAAGUUGCUUUAAAAAAAACAAAACAAAACAGAACUAUAGUUCCAGUAUUAUGACCAUCAAUUACCUGGAGAGUUUUAUAAUCUGAAUUCAUUAUGUAUUUUCCUAUCUUUAUUUUAUUUGAAGCUUUUUUAAAGGUGGAGAGUAAAUUACCAUAAACACCUUCCCUAUUGAAAACAUGAUUAGGCGGUGAAUAUUAGUUUUCCCUUUGGUAUACAAAUAAAAGUUUAUCCGUAUAU